CUCGUUUCGGAGUAAAUUUGAGCUUAUCUUACAGGAAAAAUGAACACAAACUGACAUUAAUCUCUCUCUCCUUCUCUCUCUCUCUCUCUCUCUCUGGAAGAAUUUGGGGAUUUUUUUCGAGGCUUGUGAAUUCCUAACCGGUUUAGUUCUGUUCUGUUCCGGUUAAAACCUGUUCUCUGUUCAUUGUUCCUCGAAGCGCCAUUGCCGUUUUCACAGAUCUUGGAAGAUCUUACAAGGAGACGUAUAUGUGCACAAGAUUUUACAGUGUUAUUGGAUUUAGAGCUGGGCACACUUUUUGGCAAUGUCAUUGGUAUUAUACUAGUUGAACCUGUUGAUUUCCAUAUGCGCAUAUGUUGUGUUGUUCCCGGGUGUUUUUGCCAUGUCCAAUAGUCCAGGGCUACAGCAAUUGUCAAUUCCAAGUAAGCAGAUGGGGCAAAUGGAAACCAUGUCCAGCAGCAUGGCACCACAGCAAUUAGCAAUACCAGGAAAACUAACAUCUCAUAUAGAACCUAGAUCCAGUAAUUUGGUGUCACCACAUUUAUUAGCCAAUAAGCGGCCAGCACAGAUGGAACCCAUGUUCAGCAAUCUGAUGGCACAUCAAUUAUCAGCUCCAAAGAGAACUGUACAGAUAGGGUCUACUGCCAGUAAACCAGGGUCACAGCAAUUGCCAAUACCAAACAAACGAACUGCUCAGAUGGAACCAUCUCCUAAGGGCCAAAGUGAGUCAUUUGAGUCUGUCAGGUCCAAGCUGAGAGAAUCAUUAGCUUCUGCAUUGGCUUUGGUUUCUCAGAAAAAUAACAAAGUGUCAGAUGUAGGAACAACUUCUCAGAAUGAAGCUGCAAAUACUCCUAGACAGGCCCAUGAAGGUUCUCAGCCAGCUGAAUCUUCAACAACAAUUGGUACUGGAUCACAGCAUAUACCUGAAAGGCAUUUGGAAACUCUUCCUUCCCAAGAUUUCAGUUCUCAAAAACAUGAUGGUGGCCAAAAUUCUUCUCAAGGAGUUUCAUCUAAUGAAAAUGUAGAAAAUGCAUUAAAAAACUGGGAGGUUGAAGGACCGGAAUUCCAGUUGAAGCAUGUAUUUUCAGAAGAAGAUACUUCAUUCAGUAACAGCUUCCUUAUCAAAGAUGAACUUCUACAGGGAAAUGGACUCUAUUGGGCAACAGAUCUUGAUGUAGAGGUUUCCAAAGCAAUGGAAUGCCAUUCUGCAAAACGACCUAAAUUAGAGCAUGAGAAAGAAUGUAGAGAUGGGGUAAAGCAAACAUUUCUAUCUCCAGAAACUUUGGCAUUCAAAAUUGAAUCUGAACUCUUCAAAUUAUUUGGAGGUGUUAACAAGAAGUACAAGGAGAAGGGCAGGUCUCUAUUAUUCAAUUUGAAAGAUCGCAAUAAUCCAGAACUGAGAGAAAGAGUAAUGUCUGGAGAAAUUACUCCAGAACGUCUAUGUUCUAUGACUGCAGAGGAACUUGCUUCAAAAGAGCUCUCUCAGUGGAGAAUUGCCAAAGCAGAAGAACUUGCACAAAUGGUAGUUCUCCCAGAUUCACAUGUUGAUAUUAGACGUUUGGUGAAGAAGACACAUAAAGGUGAGUUUCAAGUAGAAGUUGAACAAAAUGAUAGUGUCUCGGUGGAAGUUGCUGUUGGAGCAAGUUCACUUUCUCCAAUCCUGCACAAAACUAAUGAAGCAAAUGCUCAGCUUCCUUCUAAACCUAGUGUAACUGAAACAUCUGAAGUAGCUGUUGAGUCUGAUAAGAGUAUCCAAGAGGACAAAACACUCCCAAGUAGCAUAUCUGCCCUUUCACAUGAUGGGACUGAUUAUAUGCAAGGGUUCAUGGUGGAUGAAUUGAGGGAUGCAGAAUUUCUUCCUCCAAUAGUCUCUCUAGAUGAGUUCAUGGAAUCUCUUGAUUCAGAACCACCAUUUGAGAACAUACAAGUAGAUGCUGGGCAGUAUGGAAAUAUAUCAGGUGAGAAGAAGAGCUCUGGUGCUGGCACCAGGUUGGAUUUCCCAAGUCUUGGUUCAACAGAUCCAGUAGAUACCGCCCCUAAUAAAUUGGAGGAAAUGAAUGCUAAAUCCACAAGGAUAGAUAGUAAUGUGAAAUCCAGUGAUAUUCAUAUAGACACGGGAACCUCUUCUCCUGGUGCUGCAACUAAGGGUGAGCAUGUAUGGGAAGGCAUUCUUCAGUUGAAUUUCUCAACCAUGGUCACAGUUGUUGGCUUGUUUAAAAGUGGUGAAAAAACAUCUGCAAAAGAGUGGCCUAGAUUUCUUGAGAUCAAGGGGAGGGUCAGACUCAAUGCAUUUGAGAAAUUCCUACAGGAUCUUCGAAUGUCUCGGAGUCGUGCAAUCAUGGUCGUCCAAUUUUGUUGGAAGGAAGGAUCCCCAGAGAAUGGACGAGUAAAUCUUUGUGAGGUGGCUGAUUCUUAUGUUAUGGACGAGAGAGUGGGAUUCGCUGAACUCCCCGGGGUAGAACUCUACUUUUGCCCACCUCAUACGAGAACAGUGGAAAUGCUUGGCAAGAUCCUGACUAAGGACCAAUCAGAGACACUUGGUAGUACAGAUACCGGUCUCAUUGGGGUGGUUGUAUGGAAGAAGGCUCAGGCAAUCUCCCCAACGUCACCCAACUCAUCUGGGCACCAUAAACACAGCUCAAAAAAGCAGCACCUUGCUUCAAGGAAACAGCAAGAAAAGGAUGCUAAUGCAAAUUUGAAUGCCAAUGCAUCCUCGAAACCUCCAUUACCUUUGGGACCACCUCCUACUAAUCCAGAGCCCCCACCUGAUGAUGACCCCAUCGAUGAUGUUCCGCCUGGCUUUGGCCCAGCAGCUGCCAGGGACGAGGAUGACCUACCAGAAUUUGAUUUUGUUAGAGGCACUAACUUGCCAUUUUCUCAGUUCUCUGCCCUUAAAAAACCCCCACAUGGGUCUGGCAUGGCGCCUUUCCCCUCUCCUCAACCACCACCCCGUCCAGUAGAGCAAAUGAGACAACUGGUUCAUAAAUACGGCCAGGGUCAAGCAGGUUCUAAUCCUGUGAACUGGCAGCACAGACAUGGAGGUCUUGAGGUUCAUCCUUGGGAUGAUGAUGACAUCCCAGAGUGGCAGCCGCAACCCUCACAACAGCCAUUGCCACCACCAGUGCACAACUUUCAGCAACCACUGCUGCCCCAACAUCAACAUAUGGUAAAUGUAAAUCAACAGCAUCCAUUGUCAGGGCAACCUCAACAGCCAUCAUCUGUUCACCCUUCUCAGCCUGUUAACCCACUAGCGGGACAACAAAUGCCGUUUCUGCGGCCCUCGAUGAAUAUGAUGCCGAGCCAAGUCCAUCAAACUGUGGCCCCUCCCCCUCCUACUUGGCAGCACGGUGUGUGGUGGACCCCUCCAUCUGGAACUGGAGGUUCUCAAGGCCAUGCUGCCCAAGCCAAUGGGGUAAGACAACCCUGCCAUUUUGGUGGGCAGCCGGUUGAAGGCCAGCUUCAUGGAACGCCAAGCUACGGAGCUGCACAAAACAGCAUGGAUUGGAGACAAGAUGCCUCGAGGGGGAGAGGAUUUUAGGAUCCCCCAUGUAAAUCCCAUGUCAUCAGCAUCUAACUUAGUUUUGUAAUUAUAAAAUCCUUUUCUGUAUACUAAACUAGCUUCAGCCUUUGAGCUUUAAAGCCAGAAAAAAUACAAAAAUUAGUUUCGUUCGGCUUAA